AUGAAGACUGAGUUCAAGGUGCGUGGUCCGGCGAUGACCCGUUUUGGCACCCACUGACAUUGACCACAAGCACAGUUCUCGAACCUCUUGGGUACCGUAUACCGGAAAGGCAACCUCGUCUACACCGACGAUGGCACAUGCUUGUUGUCGCCGGUGGGCAACCGAGUUACGGUGUUCGACCUGAUCAACAACAAGUCGCAUACUCUCCCCUUUGCGCACAGACAAAACAUCUCCCGGAUAGCACUACAUCCCAACGGCCAACUACUGCUCACAAUAGAUGAGCAAGGAUAUGCCAUUCUCUCUCACUUUCAGCGGCGGAUAGCCCUCUAUCACUUCUCGCUCAAAAGUCCGGUCUCGGCGCUUGCCUUCUCCCCAAGCGGCAAGCAUUUUGCAGUGGCUCUUGGCCGUAAGCUCGAAGUCUGGAAGACCCCGUCCACCCCUGGGUCCAGCGACGACGCCGACGGAGGACUCGAGUUUGCGCCGUUCGUACGAUAUCGACAAUAUGGCGGCCAUCAUGAUACCGUUCAAAGCAUUGAAUGGAGUAGUGACUCUCGCUUCUUCCUCACGGCAAGCAAAGACUUGACCGCGCGCAUAUGGAGCUUGGAUCCAGAACAAGGCUUCACACCAACAGUCUUAGCCGGUCAUCGCACAGCUGUCCACAAUGCUUGGUUCAGUAAGGACCAAGAAACAAUAUGGACGGUAUCGAAAGAUGGUGCGCUAUUUCAGUGGCAGUAUCUACCGCCCCUCGAUACCGAUCCGGACGAGGUCGAUGCGGAAGACGAGCGGUGGCGCAUAAAUCAGAGACAUUAUUUCUUCCAGGAUCAAGCCCAUCUUACAACUGCCGCUUUUCAUCCUUCGUCUAACCUGCUUGUAACGGGCUUCUCCAAUGGCCUGUUCAUGCUCCACGAGCUACCGACUUUCUCCGAAAUCCACAAGCUCUCGAUCUCUGCAUCGAACGUGGAUACCGUCUCGAUAAACCAGUCCGGUGAAUGGCUGGCCUUUGGGUCUUCUGCACUUGGGCAACUGCUUGUGUGGGAAUGGCAAAGCGAGUCAUACAUCCUCAAGCAGCAAGGUCAUUUCGACAGCAUGAAUGCACUUACUUAUUCUCCUUCGGGCGACAAGAUCAUUACUUGCGCAGACGAUGGAAAGAUCAAAGUCUGGGACACAACAUCGGGAUUCUGCAUCGUCACUUUUACAGAGCACACAUCAGGUGUGACAGCCUGCGAGUUUGCGAAGCGAGGCAAUGUGCUCUUCACAGCUUCUCUUGACGGCAGUAUUAGGGCCUUCGAUCUCAUCCGAUAUAGGUGUUUCCGAACAUUUACCGCGCCCAAGCGACUCAGCUUUAGCUCCAUAGCGGUGGAUCCAAGUGGCGAGGUCGUUGCAGCUGGAUCGUUAGAUGAUUUCGACAUCCAUAUUUGGAGUGUACAGACUGGCCAGCUUCUCGACCAGCUAAAUGGCCACGAAGGGCCAGUAUCAAGCCUAGCAUUUGCACCAAAUGGAGGGAAUCUUGUCUCGGGAAGUUGGGACAAUACGGUGCGAAUAUGGUCUGUGUUUGGGCGCACACAGACUUCAGAGCCCAUCCAGCUGCAAGCUGAUGUUUUGGCUGUGAGCGUGCGACCUGACGGUAGACAAAUAGCAGCUUCUACCCUGGACGGACAACUGACUUUCUGGAACCUUAGCGAGGCAACACAAGAGGGUGGCAUGGACGGCCGGCGAGAUGUUAGUGGAGGUCGUAAAGCCACCGAUCGCCGAACUGCUGCCAAUGUUGCUGGCACGAAGAGUUUUGGCGCAAUAGCAUACAGCACGGACGGCUCAGUGUUGAUUGCAGGAGGCAACAGCAAGUACAUCUGUCUGUAUGCGGUGGAGACUGGUGUGCUGCUGCGGAAGUUCACUGUGAGCGUCAACUUGAGCCUGCAAGGCACACAGGAAUUUCUCAACUCUCGGCUGCUUACUGAAGCGGGUCCGAGAGCUCUAUUAGAUGAGCAAGGCGAGGGCUCUGACUUGGAGGACCGCAUGGACAAGAGUUUACCUGGUGCCAAACGUGGCGAUGCCGCCCAGCGUAAGACGGGCCCCGAAGUGCGCGUACCGGGCAUCGCAUUCUCACCAACUGGACGAGGGUUCUGCGCUGCGAGUACAGAAGGCUUGCUUCUGUACUCUCUAGAUGCCGGUGCGACAUUCGAUCCCUUCGAUCUGGACGUGGAUGUCACCCCUGAAAGCACUCUCGAAACAUUGAAGCGCGGCGAGUGGUUGAAAGCGAUGGUCAUGGCGUUCCGACUGAACGACGAAAGGCUCGUACGGCAAGUCUACCGUGCUGUCGCCGUCUCCGACAUUGGCCUCGUCGUCCGUGAUCUGCCGCAAGUCUACCUCGAUCGAUUACUCCGUUUCGCUGCGAAGGAAUCCGACCAAAGUCCACACCUGGAAUACAAUCUUCUCUGGUUGGAAAGUCUGCUGAAUCAGCAUGGUCGUCUACUCAAACAGCAGCAGGGAGAGUAUGCCGAAGUGGUGAGAAUGCUGCAAAAGGCCAUUGGGAGAAUACAAGGGGAGAUUCUGAAGGUUGCGAAUCAGAAUGAGCAUACGAUUGACUACCUACUCGCGCAACCGAGGAAGGAUGACGGCGGAAAGCUGCGUCUUAAAGCUAUGACGAAUGGUUCGACUGGAGAAGCGGAUGAAGACGAGGACAUGGAGGACGACGAUGAGGACGACGGAGAAGGUGGGUGGAUCGGGCUGGAAGACUAA